AACUGCCCUUUUUCGAGAAAAACCACUUCUUCAACCCCACCAAAAAAAAAAAAAAAAAAUCAUCUGAACUGUCUUUCUGUUGAAGAAUGAUCGAAGCCACAUAAUAACGAUUGUAUAUUUAUAUUAUAUAUAUUCUUAAAUUCUUAGGGCUUCUCGCUUCUUGGUUUUUUUUUUUUUUUUUUAAAAUAAAAAAUGCAGUCCCAAGAGGAAGCCCAGACUCCUCCUCCUCCUAAAACUAACUCCAUUGAUCAUCAUCAUGGUUCUCCUAAGCCCUUCACCCCCAGAAGUUAUCAGUCAGAGGUGUACGAGGUUGCAGUGAAGAGAAACACCAUUGCCGUUUUGGAGACAGGCACUGGCAAGACCAUGAUAGCCGUUAUGCUCAUCAACCACAUUGGUCAACUUAUCAGGUCUACCGCCUCCAAAAAGCUUAUUAUUUUCUUGGCUCCCACCGUUCAUCUUGUUAAUCAGCAAUUUAAGGUUAUUGAGGAUCAUACUGAUUUCGAAGUGGGAGAAUACUAUGGAGGCAAGGGGGUUGAUGAAUGGGAUAAUAAGUCCUGGGAAAAGGAAAUAAAUCAGCAUCAUGUCUUGGUAAUGACACCCCAAGUUCUUUUGGAUGUCUUACGAAGGGCAUUCUUUAAUUUAGAAGCAGUAGGCUUAAUGGUCAUUGAUGAAUGCCAUCGGGCUAUCGGUAACCAUCCCUAUACUAAAAUAAUGAAGGAAUUUUAUCACAAAUGUAGUAGCAAGCCCAAGAUCUUUGGAAUGACAGCGUCGCCUGUUGUUGGAAAAGGUGUUUCAACAACAAGGCAAUGUGAGGGUCAAAUAUCAGAACUUGAAAACAUCUUGGAUUCUCAGGUUUAUACUAUUGAAGACAAGACGGAGAUGGAAGUUUAUGUCCCCUCGGCAAAAGAGACUUACAGAUUUUAUGAUCCAACGUGGCAUUCAUUUUUAGAUUUGAAAGCAAAGAUAGAAGCCUCAUGGUUGAAGUUUGAUGCUUCAUUGUCAAAGUUGCAAGAGUUGGUAGAAAAUAAUUUUAAGGAUGUUGAUGAUAGAAUUAAGACAUUACGGAAAAGGCUGUCGAAUGACCACGCAAAGAUCACAUAUUGCCUUGAUGAUCUUGGUCUCACAUGUGCUUAUGAGGUUGUCAAGGUAUGUUUGGAAAAAGCCCCUAAUAACGAAGAAGAUUGUGAAGUUUUUAGAGAAAGUUCUAUGCAGUACAAAUGUUUCCUCGAGGAAGUGCUAUGUCAAUUUGGGGAUGCACAUAAACCUGGCUACGAAAAUCAUUUUGGCUCUGAAUGCGACUUUUUGAAGGCUGUGGAUUUAGGCUACAUAUCUCCAAAACUACACGAGCUUAUUGAACUUUUCCAAUCUUUUGGAGGAGCUAUGCAAUUACUUUGCCUCGUCUUUGUCGAUAGAAUUAUCACAGCUAAAGUAAUUGAAAGAUUUGUGAAGAAAGUUGCUUGUUUAUCUCAUUUCACAGUUUCAUAUUUGACUGGAAGCAAUACAUCAGUUGAUGCACUUGCUCCAAAAUUGCAAAAGGAGACUUUGGAAUCAUUUCGCUCUGGAAAGGUCAAUCUAUUAUUUGCCACUGACGUAGUUGAAGAGGGAAUUCAUGUGCCGAACUGCUCCUACGUGAUACGUUUUGACCUGCCCAAGACAGUCCGAAGUUAUGUCCAGUCAAGGGGACGAGCACGACAAAAUGACUCUCAAUUUAUCAUAAUGUUGGAGAGGGGAAACAGCAAACAAAGAGACCAACUAUAUGAUGUCAUCAGGAGUGAGCGUUCAAUGAUAGACACUGCAACAAAUAGAGAUCCUAAUACGUGCGUUUUGAAAAAAUGUACUUCUGAGGUAAACAGUGCUUAUUUUGUGGAUGCCACUGGAGCUUCAAUUACUGCAGAUUCCAGUGUCAGUCUCAUACAUCGGUAUUGCGAACGGCUCCCUAGUGACAAGUACUUUACUCCGAAGCCAACUUUUCAAUUCUCAAAUCUUGGAGAUAGGUCUUAUGAGUGUACGCUAACAUUACCUCCUAAUGCGGCUUUUCAAACGUUAGUCGGUCCUGUAAGUACGAGCUCCCAGUUGUCAAAGCAGCUUGUAUGCUUGGAAGCAUGCAAGAAAUUACAUCAGAUGGGGGCUCUAGAUGAUCAUCUUCUUCCAUCCACUGAAGAGUCUUCAGAAAGAAAUCUCAAUAUGAAAAGCAAAGAAGCUGCUUCAGGUGCAGGAACAACUAGAAGGAAGGAAUUACAUGGGACAACUUGUAUUCUUGCACUGUCUGGAACUUGGGGAGAAAAGCUUGAUGUGGUUUUUCAGGCUUACAAGUUUGACUUUUCAUGCAGCAUUGAAAGUGAGAUCUUUUCUGGAUUUAUUCUUCUAAUUGAGUCAAAGCUUGAUGACGACGUAGGCAAUCUCGAAUUGGAACUCUUCUUGGUUUCUAAGACGGUUAAGGCUUCUGUUUCUUAUUGUGGACAAGUGCAUUUGGAUGCAGAACAGAUGAAGAAAGCAAAAUGCUUUCAGGAUUUUUUUUUUAAUGGAUUAUAUGGGAAGCUAUUUAUUCGAUCAAAAUCAACCAAAAGAGAGAGAGAAUUUUUACUCCAGAAUGAAAAGAGAACGUUGUGGAGCCCAUCAUACAUGUACCUUCUUCUUCCACUUGUAUCUUCAAAUGAUCCAAGUGAAAAAUCUUUGAAUAUCGAUUGGAGAGGGAUGGAUUCUUGUUUUUCAGUGGUGGAAAUGAUGAAGAAGAUUUCUUUGUUGGGUGGCCAGCAUUGUAAUGGGGACACAGAACCACCUGAGAGUGAAUGCAUGGGUGAAAACAUAGUUCACUUUGCUAAUAGUUCUUUUAAUACUUCAAAUCUUGAAGAAGCAGUAGUAUUGGCUAUUCACACUGGAAAAAUAUACUCUAUAGUUGAAGUGGUAAGUAACACAUCUGCAGAGAGCCCGUUUGAGGUUAUCGAUGCAGCUCCAUCACAAUAUGCUACCUAUGCUGAGUACUUCAAGAAAAAGUAUGGGAUUGAGCUAAUUUAUCCAGGUCAACCAUUGCUGCGGUUAAAGCAAAGUCAUAAUGCUCACAACCUUCUGGUGGACUUUAAUGAUGAAGGUGGUACUGGUAAGGCAGUUGUUAAGCCACAAAUGCACGUUCAUAUGCCACCAGAGCUUUUAGUGACUAUGGAUGUGCCUAGAAGUGUUAUAAAAUCAAUGUAUUUACUACCAUCCUUGAUGCAUCGUUUGGAAUCACUGAUGUUAGCCAGCCAACUUAGAGAAGAGAUUAACUGUGAUGCUCAGAUAUCAACCUCCUUGAUUUUAGAAGCACUUACAACACUUAGAUGUUGUGAAAGUUUUUCCAUGGAGCGUUUGGAGUUGCUUGGUGAUUCGGUUUUAAAGUAUGUUACGAGUUGCCAUCUCUUUCUCAAAUAUCCGAAGAAACACGAAGGACAGCUCUCUGGGCGACGGUCUUCUGCUGUUUGUAAUGCCAAUCUGCAUAAACUGGGAACAGAUAGAAAAUUACAGGGGUACAUACGUGAUGGCGCAUUUGAUCCACGUCGCUGGGCCGCUCCAGGGCAACAUACUUUACGCCCAGUUCCAUGUAAAUGUGGAGUGGAUACUUUAGAAGUACCUCUUGAAAGCAAAUUCCAAACUGAAGACCUGAAAGUCAUUGUUGGAAAGUCCUGUGAUAAAGGUCAUAGAUGGAUGGGUUCGAAAACUGUGGCUGAUUGUGUGGAAGCCCUCGUAGGCGCUUACUAUGUUGGUGGCGGACUAGCUGCUGCAAUUUAUAUGAUGAAGUGGCUCGGUAUGGAUGCCGAACUUGAGCCUUUGUUAGUUGUUGAAGCGAUUUCUAUUGCGUCUCUUCGAACCUACGUCCCAAAAGCCAACGAGAUUGCAACCUUGGAGUCGAAGCUCAAAUAUGAGUUUUUGACUAAAGGUCUCUUACAAGAAGCCAUAACACAUGCAACUGAUCAAGAAGUCAGCCUCGGCUAUUGUUACCAGAGGCUUGAGUUUCUCGGUGAUUCAGUGCUGGACCUGCUUAUAACACGGUACCUCUACGAGACCUAUAAAGAUAUUGACCCGGGGGAGUUGACUGACUUGCGAUCAGCUUCCGUUAGUAAUGAGAAUUUUGCUCAAACCGCUGUGAGACGAGAUCUUCAACCUCAUCUCCAACAUUUCUCGGGGUUGCUUCUUAGCCAGAUAACAGAAUAUGUGAAGUCCUUUUCUGAACCUAACAGCACAACUAAAUCAGUUCAUGGUGCCAAAGGUCCCAAGGCUCUAGGAGACAUGGUAGAAAGUAUUGCUGGUGCAGUGUUAAUCGAUACCAAGCUUAAUCUUGAUGAAGUUUGGAGAAUAUUUGAACCAUUACUGUCUCCAAUUGUGACCCCUGAUAAACUCGAGUUGCCGCCUCUGCGCGAAUUGAUCGAGUUGUGCGACUCUCUUGGGUAUUUUAUUAAAGAAAAAUGCACAAAGAAAGGUGAAACCGUGCACGCGGAGCUUACAUUACAGCUGAAAGAUGUGCUCUUGGUUGGAAAAGGUCAAGACCGUACAAGAAAAACUGCGAGAGGAGAAGCUGCUCGUUGUUUGUUGAAGGAAUUGGAGGCCAGAGGUAUUUCAUACUCCUGGAGCUCCAAGAAGAGAAAGCAUAGUGUUGUUAGUGAUGCUGAGUCACCUUCCUUAGACAUGAGCAUUGAUUUACACAACGGAAUAAUUGAUGCAGGUUCUGUAGACAUGUUGAACCUUAAAAAGCAUAAGACUGCCGAAAGCGAAUUGCUCAUAGGGUCGACUAGAGUUCCUCUAGAUACCGGCUGCUUUUCCGAGAAACCCAGUUCUCCUAACAGUGAUACCCCAGAUAUUUCGGGAAUCAACAUGAAGAAGGGAGGACCUCGAACAACGCUCUUUGAUCUGUGCAAGAAGCAACAAUGGCCAAUGCCGACCUUCGACUCAACCGAAACUAAAUCAAGAACCCCAGUUGAACUCGGUGAAGGCCUCGAAAGAAGAACAGGCUUUAACAGUUUUGUAUCAAGUAUUGUUCUGUACGUUCCCAACUUUGGCAAUAUUGAAUGCACUGGAGAUGCCAGAGCUGACAAGAAGAGUUCACUCGACUCUGCGGCGCUGGUCUUGCUUUAUGAGCUCCAACGGCGGGGGAAACUCGUGAUUGGUGGGCCGUGACAGUUUUUCCUUUAUUAUCUUCCAUUAAUUAUAAGAUGCUAUAAACAGGCAAUUCCUCGUCAAAAUUUGAGCUCUUUAUUAAAUGUUCAUCUUGUAGAUAUCUGAUACAAAUUCUGUAAAAAAUAAAGCUAAUCCAACCUGCAUGUUGUUAGUUUAUUUAACACAUACUAAACGUAUCUC